ACUUCCUGCUAUGUAAGCAGCAACUCAGAGACAACACCCCUCCUUCCGGAGAGACAGAAGGAGAAGGUAACUCAGCUCCAAAAGCUGGAGGAUCACUGAAACAAAAAUGAGUGAAACAGGGAAGGUGACCUGGCUGUUUUUGAUCCUCUAUCAAUGUGUCUCCAAAGCCACCACCUCUCAGAACUGUCCCAGACUAGCUGAGAUAACCUUUAAGGAUAUAAAAGACGCAAUUAAUAAAAUUAAAGAGAUUGAUGCCCUGACCAGGAGGAUCACUGUUUUGGAAGAAGAGGUGGCGAGUCUAAAGAAAUACGUGCCGAGUGUCAUUUUCCACGCUAAAGUGUCUGACGGCAAGAACCCAACGGCAAAGCAACGCCUCAUUUACGACUCAAUUAUUGUCAACAAAGGAUCAGCUUACAACCCCUUGACUGGGGUUUUCACUGCUCCGGUGGCCGGCACCUAUCACUUCACUUACUCACUGCUCGGGGGAUCGCAAGCAGAAGAUACUGCAGUGCACCUGAUGAGGAAUGAGGAAAGACAGAGUUACUUACACAGCAAACUGAAAAGCGAACAAGCCCAGACAGCGUCCAUGCCCGCAAUACUGUCCCUCAACAAAGGUGAUCAAGUCUCUGUCCGGCUGGAGACCGGAAACACAUGGAGUGGGCUGGGAGCCAUGAACUUCCAGGGAGUCCUUCUGGAGGCUGAUGAGGCAUGAGCCAGCAGGGUCUCUGGUCUUUACAGACUGAGCCGGGCUCCCGUGAGGAACGGUCCACUCUGUCCAAUCAACAGCUGCCGCUUGACAAAUCCAUGGAACAUUUUCAUCCUUUCUUUGCAACCUUUCAAUAUUUGCACAUUUAUUUUUUUGCAAAGUGAGGAGACGAUCCAGAGAGCUCACCGGACACCCGAUACUCCCAUACCCCCAACUACUGUCAGAAAAACUCCCUGCAACAUCCCAGCUCCCCAACUGAAACAUCUUCCUCCAUAACCCAGCUUCCACAUCGGGAGCCCUCCCUCCAAAACCCGAGCUCGCCCAUCACAACCCCUCCCUCCAAUACCCCCACUCCCCCAUCGGGACCCCUCCCUCCAAUACCCCUACUCCCCCAUCAGGACCCCUCCCUCCAAUACCCCUACUCCCCCAUCGGGACCCGUCCCUCCA